AUGUCAACACCACCCUUCUUGGCACUACUUGAUCCAUCCGGAUCCACACUGCUCCCUUCCCUCGCCCUCCUAGGACCCGUACUCAUCCCGGCAGCCCUAGUUCGAGCAGCUCUCCCGACCUUGCCAUCUCAGGCAACCUAUUACGUCCAAGCUGAAAAUUCGUCCGAAGACCUGAUCUCAUUCCUCGAUAAUGGUGCUCAGAAGAUUGUGGUAUCAUUACAACAACUCCAAGAGCUUGGUGGUCAAGUACCGAAAGAACGAUUGAUCCUGAAGCUAGCUGAAGAGGAGUUGACAACGGCGAAAGAUCUCGUACAACAAGUCUCAUCAAUGUAUCUUGUCUCUUCCCAACCCCACACCACCAAAUCACUCGGUCUAAAAGGUGUCGAGGUGUUCGUCCAAAAUGAUACAGCCAAACCUGCUGAACUACUCGAAUUGAUCAGAACAUCUCGUCCAGCAACAUAUGUUAUCCCUACCGAAAACCUUGCAGCUUCCCCUCAAACCACCUCCACUCACCUUUCCAUCACCGAAGCCUUCCUCGCCCCUAUCAUCUCCGAUCGACCAGAUGGACUGUUCCCAACCAUCGUCUCAUCAUCGAGUCACUCCAUCAAGCCACUUGGUCUAGUCUAUUCCUCCAAAGAAUCGGUGUCUGAAGCUAUACUCACUCAAAAAGGAGUAUACCAAUCACGUAAACAUGGAUUAUGGAGAAAAGGAGAGACUUCUGGUGCUGUACAAGAACUUGUAUCCGUCAAAACAGAUUGUGACAGUGAUGCACUUGUUUUCGAAGUGGUUCAACAUGGAUCUGGAUUCUGUCAUCUCCCUCAAUCAACGUGUUUCGGAAACUUUACCGGUAUCUCUAAACUCGAAGAUACACUCAGAUCGAGAUUAGAAUCUGCUCCUGAAGGAAGUUACACAAAGAGAUUGUUCACCGAUGAAAAGCUAUUGCGAAGUAAGAUAAUGGAAGAAGCUGAAGAGUUAUGUGAUGCUACCACCAAAGAAGAAGUCGCUUUCGAAGCUGCCGAUUUGGUAUACUUUGCUCUCGCUCGAUGUAUAUCCAAAGGUGUUUCAUUGAAAGAUGUUGAGAAGGCUUUGGAUUCGAAAUCAUUGAAAAUCACAAGAAGAAAAGGUGAUGCCAAGCCUAAAUGGGAAGAAAAGAUCAACGGUGGAGAUAAAGAAGUUAAAGCAGAUUCAAAACCAACAGAACCUAUACCGAAAUCGUUCCCCGAAGUUGACGAAAGCAGAAUCAAGAUGAGAAAUGUUGUCUUGUCUAAACUCAACAAGGAAGAGAACAAGAAACUAUUACUUCGACCUGUUCUCAACUCGCUAGCUAUGAUUGAUAAAGUCAAGCCUAUCGUUGAGAGAGUACGAAAAGAAGGUGAUGAUGGGUUGAAAGCAAUGACCAAACAAUUCGAUAAAGCGGAAUUAUCAUCAAAUGUGAUGUUACCUCCUUUCGCUACUCCAGAUGAAGAUCAACUCCCUCCAGAUGUCAAGGCGGCUAUCGAUGUGGCUUAUAACAACGUCAAGACCUUCCAUACUGCUCAAGCGGAGAAAGAACCUCUGAUAGUUGAGACAAUGCCAGGUGUUCAAUGUUCAAGAUUCGUUAGACCCAUUGCAAGAGUCGGAAUAUACGUUCCAGGUGGUACUGCAAUCUUACCAUCAACAGCAAUCAUGCUUGGUGUGCCUGCUCAAGUGGCAGGAUGCAAGACCAUUGUCUUGGCCACCCCACCUAGACCAGAUGGAUCUAUUUCACCGGAAGUACUGUACGUUGCCAAAUUAGUUGGAGUCACCUGCAUAUUGAAAGCGGGCGGUGCUCAAGCUGUAGGAGCAAUGGCUUACGGUACCGAGGAAGUACCUAAAGUGGACAAAAUCUUCGGUCCAGGUAACCAAUGGGUAACGGCAGCUAAAAUGUUGGUGCAGAACGAUACAGAUGCUUUGGUUGCUAUCGAUAUGCCAGCUGGUCCUUCAGAAGUACUGGUCAUUGCCGAUCAUACAGCCAACCCCGUUUUCGUCGCAUCCGACUUGCUUUCCCAAGCAGAGCACGGAACAGAUUCUCAAGUAGUGUUGGUCGGUAUCAGCCUUACUCCCAAGCUUCUUGAGGAGAUCGAAGAGCAAAUUGAUAUUCAAGCUAAGGCAUUGCCUCGAGUGGCCAUUGCUAGAGAAGCAAUUAAGAAGAGUGUCAUUGUUUUGGUAGACUCGCAAAAAGAAGCGAUCGAAUUCUCUAAUGAAUAUGCUCCGGAACAUUUGAUCUUGCACUUGGAAGAUGCUGUUAAAGCUGUAGAUGGAAUCGAAAAUGCAGGUAGUGUCUUCGUCGGUGCUUUCUCUCCUGAAUCAUGUGGUGAUUACGCCUCAGGUACGAAUCAUACCCUCCCAACCAACGGUUUCGCCAGACAAUUCUCAGGAGUGAACACCCUUUCUUUCCAAAAGCAUAUCACAUCUCAGCUCGUUUCCAGUGAUGGAUUGAGAGUUCUUGGUCCCAGUGUGGUAAGAUUGGCCGAGAGGGAAGGGUUGGAGGCCCACGCCAAUGCUGUCAGAGUUAGAUUAGCGGUAUUGGACAAAUAA